UCCGUUUCACUUCUUGUUUGUUUGGAGGAAACAUCGUGUUGCUCUCUGCGUUUAAAGAUGUGGGUGAACAAAGCGGCUCCGGCUGUGUGCUCCACACAUCGGUUCAGAGUGAGAGGGACGAGCAAGAAGAACCUCUUGUAGGAGAAGAACAUGUAUUUAUGGCGCUUCUCCAUCGCCGUAACCCUAGGCUUGGGGUGGUAUUUUUCAGACUGCGUUCGCUCGGUGACACAGUACAUUUUAUGUUUCUUCUUUUGUUUUACUUCUUCACUUUUAUUUGAAAACGGUGGAAGAGACAGCAGCACUCAGACUGAUGAAGAGACAAGGGAACAUCCACUUCAGGAAGCUGCUGAGGGAAAGUUGUUUGGUGACAUAAGCGACCUUACUUUAGCAAAAAGCAGCGAGCAUCCUGAACCUCUGGAGUCUCAGUAUCCACAUGUGAAGACGUCUCUACAGCAGGUGUUCGAGUGCGCCUACGCCCAGCUGGUCCUGCCUUGGUACGGCGUUCCUGAGCCGUGCGAGCAGCAGCCUCUGCACCAGGUGCUCAGUGGGGAGUUUGACUUUGUCAUAGACCGGAUCAUCGAGAAAGCCAAAGACUUUGAUGUUUGCCAGGCGGUCGUGGGCUCUGUUCGUAUUUUGACCCAGCACUUACAUAAUGCCAAGCAGGCUGACAGGGAACUCUUGUUCAGCUCCAGAGCAGAGGAAAUCGCAGUCCUCCGGGAGUUUUCUGAUGCUCUAAUACGUAACCUUUUCCCCAAAUCUCUCUGGGGCCAUGAAGUCAACCGCUGUGCCUUAAAUGAGAUCAUUGCCUUAAAGGGGCUGGGCCUGCUGGUGACAUGGCUGUCGGACCCCGACAACCUGAACCAGCUGGUGGUGAACCAGCUGGACAAAGUGACUCUCAAAGGCUCGGAGGAGGAGCUGUGUGGAUCCGACCCGGAUCAAACCUCUCUGGCUUCGCAGGAGGGAGAGGCCGAGGGCAGUGAAGCGAGGUUGGAGGGAGCAGGAAUUUCAUCCGGCACCAGGAUCAAGUCCAAAAGAAAAGCAAACAAGUUGAAAGAAGGAUGGUCUAAAUUUGUGGACAAGGUGAAGUCUAAGAAGGCCAAGAAGAAGAAGAUGAAGAAGCUGGAGCAUGACCUGCUUCUGAGGGCCAUGGCGAUCCAGGGAGACAUGACCAACGAGGACGACGCCAGCAGCAAGGAGGGAUCCCUUCACAGCCCGCAGGAUUCCGACAGGGAGGACAGUGAUCUGGAGAACUACUUGACGAGCGUCCAAGAGGACAUGAUGGAAUUCAAGUUGUCGUAUGAGAUGUGGCGCGCUGGCAGCUGGGCUGUCAGCAUCCCUCAUACUGACUGGGAUGGUGAGGAGCUCAUCUUCACCUUUCACCUGGAGGAGAAGGGCAGCCCUGAGAACCUGCAGUGGGACAUCAAGAAGACAUACAUGGAUGUAAUAUACUUCCGCAACAGAUGGCAGGAUUCGACCAGCCUGCCCACGAUCCUGCUGCUGCAGAAGGGGGAGGUCAACGCUGAGUUCAAAGAAGAAGCCAGAGUAUCAGUGGAGCGCUUCCUGCAGGCAUUAGUUUCUGAUAAUCUGAUCGGCCACACUCAACCGGUUUUUCAGUUCUUGUGCCCACUCGACAAGCUCCUGAAUGAAGAGGAACAUUAUGGAGGCGUGUGGGGCCUACUGAGCGGCCUGGCUUACUUCCUGACCCCAGGUCAAGAGGAAGAGGAGAGCUCCAGCCCACAGACAGAAACCCCAAAAGACAUCAUAACACCCUCUCUACAUCCAGAAUCAACAGCUCUGCCUUCAGAAAGCGCCGGUGCCUCUACUGAGAAGGGCGGUGAUGUUCCUGAAGCUUCAAUCCCAUCUAUUGUUAUCUCCCAAUAUGACUCUGCUUCUGAACCGCCGGAGGAAGAAGAAAUAGAAAAUGAGCCGCGUUCUGCUGCUGACUCUGACUCUUCAAACGAAAACUGUACCCAAGACAAAACGGAGGAGUCUGAUAACCCUUUAACAUCUCACAUUAAACUCAUUUUCAAAGGACUGAAUCGAACCAGGUCACAAGAGUCUCUUAACUCGACAAAAAACACCAGUGAGGCAGAUCCGCCUGACUCAAACUCCACGCCGCACUGCAGCCAAAAUGGCGCUGUGCAGGGGGACAGCCCCGAUGGACCAUCCUGGCUUAAUUUCAGUGCAAAGUCACAUAAAAAAGAGAAAACUUGUUUCAAGAUGGCAGGUGCAGCACAUAAGGCUAAAGCAAAGGACCAGGUCUCUUCUCCUCGAGGGGAAGACCUCCAGUAUCAGAAGAGCCAAGUCAACUGGGAGCAGCUGGAGGCGACCAAAGCCAUAUUUGAUCUGCUGAAGGAAAUAUCUGGAAACUCCAUCCUUGUGAACAUAUUUGAUGCCAUUUUGAAACCUUUUACACCCAUCUUGAAAAAGAAAGUCAACUCUUUCCUGGACAAGAUGAACCCGACAGAAAUGCAGAUGGCGGCUUAUAUCGACACUCUGCGGAACAAGCAGUGGCCAGAAAUAAAACCAGCAGCAGCUUCUCAUGCCUGCACCGAGGAGGAGAAGAGCGAGACGAGGGAGCGGGCGCACAGCCUGAUCAACGCCAGAUAUUCAAACUAUCUUAUCCUGAAGAAGACGGACAUGGAGGCUGUUUUUAAUCUUUUUCAGGACAGAGAGGGAAACCAAACGCUGGUAUAUAUGCUCCUGUCAUUCCUGAUAAGAGAAUUUUUUCCGAACGAGCAUUCCCUAAAUGUGAGCGCUGCUGCCCUCCAGAAAGUGACCAACUCCCCAAGCUGAUCUGUGAAUCCUCAAUCCUUUUUAAUGGUACUUGUUUGACCUUUUUUUAGAAUAUCCAAUUAUUUAUUUAACAUGAAUAACUUAAAUCAAUGUCGAACAUUCCUCCCUGCUGUUUUUACCUCAAACAUACUGUGAACAGUUUUGUGUUUAUCCUUUGGCUUUUUUUGUUGUAAAGUUUUACUUUGUAAGUUAUUAACCCUGACUUUAAUCUUUGUGAAAUCAGAAACAUUCUUUAUGGGAUCAAACUUUACACACAUUUUACUGUUAUUGUAAAACUCACAGGAAAAAGUAAGAAUUAAAGUUAAAAGUUAAAUUACAUGUGUGAAAAUAUUUUGUGUCACUUUGAGCACUUGUUCUAUGGUGAGAGUUUUUUUCUUCUGAUUAAGUUUUGUAUAAUAGAAGAGGCCAUGGUUACCUUUAUGUCAUUGGGGACAGUGCCACUACCAAAGGAAACUGCUGAUGUGAAACACUUUCCAUUAUUUUAUUUCAAAUGAAAUAUUUUAAUAAAGAUUUUUGUGGUUAAA